AAAAUCCAGAAAAAUACAAACGUGGGCGUGGCUUAGAUGUUUACAAAACACCGGCCCCGAGAAUCUGCUAACAAAAUUUACUCCGGCGUUUCUAAAUCAUAUUCUCUAAUUGGUUUCAAGAUUUAAAAUGUUUUCAACCAAGUGUAAAAAGGAUAAAGCCCACGACGAGAGUAUUUGGAGUUGUGCGUGGGGUCAGUUGAAAAUCACCAAGGAGAAAGAACCCCGCGAGGAGGACGAUAAUGAAGAACAGAAAGACAGAGAAUCUCCGCCGCCCGAAGAGGAAAUUUUGGAUUAUGUUGUGAGUGGUGGCCUCGACGACAUGGUUAAAGUUUGGCAAUACAACGAUCACUUGAGUGGAGACGGUGUACUGAAAUUGAGGAACAGUUGGGACGGACACUAUCUUGGCGUUAUUUCAGUCGACGUCAGCUCCGAGGGAACAAUGAUUGCUGCAAGCUGUCUUGACUCAACCAUCAAAUUGUGGGAAGUUACUCACGGGAAAAAGUUCUGCACAAUUGACGCUGGUCCGGUGGAUAUUUGGACAGUGGCGUUUUCUCCAGACUCGACGCAUGUGAUCUCCGGAAGCCACUCGGGAAAGAUCCACAUGAGUCCCGACGGCAAGUACAUUGCAAGUGGAGCCAACGAUGGCAUUAUAAACAUUUUUGAUGUGGCAACAAGUAAAUUGGUCCAUACCUUGGAAGGUCACGCCAUGCCCAUUAGAUCGCUCUGCUUCUCCCCUGAUUCUCAAUUUCUUCUCACCGCGUCAGACGAUGGCCAUAUGAAAUUAUAUGACGUGUCUCACGCGAAUGCUGUCGGAACCAUGUCCGGACACGCUUCGUGGGUGCUAAGUGUGGCAUUUUCUCCAGACAAUAAGCAUUUUGUCUCUGGCAGUGCAGAUCGUACUGUUAAGCUUUGGGAACUGCAGGACAGGCAGUGCAUUCACACAUUCGCAGAACAUGAUGAUCAGGUUUGGGGAGUGAAAUUCAGCCCAGACGGAAAGAACAUCAUGUCGGUUUCAGAGGAUCGGACGAUUUUGAUUUACGAUUGCAAAUUCCCUGAAGACAAACCACCAGAAGAGACAACAGACCUACUGGAUAUGUACAACUAAAGUUUCAGACUACUAUCGUGAAGUGCAAAAUAAAUGUGAAACUUUUGUAAUAUAAGACAAAAUAUUAU